AAAAAUGCUGGAGCAAUGGCUUGGCAGUUAAAAAGCAUAUACUGCUCUUGUAGAGGACCUGGGUGGGGCUGCUCACAACUGCCUGUAACUCCAGCUUCAAGGGACCUGAUGUCCUUUUAUUCUGUUCUAAAAGUUGAAGAUGAUGACUGUGAGAUACACAUUUGUACCAUUAUAAAGUCGACCGUGUCCUAAAUUCACCAGCUGGGAACUGUCCUUGGUUCUUGGUAGCACUGAGCAUGUGGGAACAAAAGCCUGCUUGGGUAGACUUGGGUGUUUCUGCAUGGGUGUUCUUCAAUAUACCAUGCUACCUACUGGAUAGCGGGGCAGUCAGGUGGGACUGUAAGCCCCAAUGGAAGGCAGGGGUCAGUUUGCAUUAAGGACAACAGCCAGUGUUUUUCAGCAAGGUGCAGUCAGGAAGACCUAUCUCGCUGUUGAUAUAUCCCCACAAAAGGUUUCUACCUCCUGUGGGCUGGAGAAGAGCAAGGACAGAAAAAAACCUAAGGUCAGCUAAGCUUGAUGGCCCUACAUAGGCCCAGCACAGACUUGGGGUUCCUCCAGAGACUCAGGCUCAAACAGAACACAGUACACACUUCCCUGCAUAGAUACAGGAGCCUCAGCCUCAGGGUCAUUACCUCGGCUAAUUGUGUUCUCUUGCCAGCCAUCCCUGGGACACGGUGAUCAAGGCUGCCAUGCGGAAGUACCCAAACCCGAUGAACCCGUGCGUGGUGGGCGUGGAUGUGCUGGAGCGCAGCGUGGACAACCAUGGGCGCCUGCACAGUCUGCGCCUGCUCAGCACCGAGUGGGGGCUGCCUGGCCUCGUGCGUGCGAUUUUGGGAGCCAACAGGACCUUGACAUACAUCAAAGAGAGCUCUGUUGUGGAUCCAGCGGCAAGGAAAAUGGAACUGUGUUCCACCAAUAUCACGCUCACAAAUCUGGUGUCAGUGAAUGAGAGGCUGGUGUACACACCUCACUCAGAGAACCCUGAAAAGACUGUGCUCACCCAAGAAGCCAUCAUCACUGUGAAGGGGAUUAGCCUUGGGAGCUACCUGGAAAGUCUAAUGGCCAACACGAUAUCCUCCAAUGCAAAGAAGGGCUGGGCUGCCAUUGAGUGAAUAUUUAAGCAUUCUGAGAGUGACAUAAGCUAACAAGUCUGCAUCCAUGCCUGGUGACACAAGGAGGCAACCACAGGAACAUCUUAAGCUGCCAGAUAUCUCACCAAAAAGAGUCAAAGAAGAAAGGGAAGAAGGAAGGAAGUAUGGAUGGACAAAGAAGAUGAAAGGCAAGUGCGGACAAGUCUGGAAGAGACGGGACCUGCUGGAAUCUCCCCUGUCCAUGGUGACCUCUCAGAACAACAUCAGUUCCAGGCACCAG